CUUUCUUCCAUGUUUCUCUUUCUUCCUUCUCCGAUGUUCUCUUUAUCCCUCUCCUUCUCUUUCUUCAUUCCUUUCCGGCUAACACAGCAAUAUCCUUGCCAAAAGACUUUGUGGUUUAUGGGUUUUCCUCAGCAAAUGGUAUCAUUAUCCAUACAGGAGAGAUAGUCGUGGAUUGCCCAAACAAGGACUGUCACCAUCUCUUAAUACCCUCAGUACCCAUGCUUCCCUUAAGUCCGAAUUACCCACUUGAUUGUUGCUUGUUGAGUUUUAAUUGGUUGAAUUGAUACCCCUGGUUGUCCGAAAAUUUUGUGAAAAUAGGAGGAAAUUUGGUAGCCUUAAAACAUGUGUUUUAAGCUUGAUUAAGUAGAAUUUAGCUUGAAUUGGGUUGUGGUGAUUUUGGAGUGAAAUCCCGUGAAUUAGCUAUGUUUGCCAAUUUUGGAAGUUGAGGUUACUGUUCACGGGUACUGUUCAUGGGUACUGUUCAUAGGCACUGUUCACACACCGAGGGUUAACGAUUAGCGGAGAUUUAAAGGUUUAGGUUGUGAUAUAAGAAUGAAUUUGGAGAUGUCCGAUUAUGUGGAGAUUGAUAGAAAUAGCACCGUGAUUAGGGGUAGUGUUAAAGAUGAUUUUACUUUGGAUUUUGUGGUAGUGCGGUAUUAACUUCGGAAUACUGUGAUUAGGUUUUGAUCGUUCUGUCGCCAUAGCACUUGGGUUAGCCUUCUGUUCUGUGCGAGUGAGUUUUCCUUGUCCACCAUUUCAAGAAGCGAUACCGAGGACGAGGAAACCAAGGGGAGUGACGAGUUAGAAGGCUAGCCACCUGUAAUUUGAAUAUGGAUUUUAGAUAUAAAUGAUGAUAUUGUAAGCUAGAUUGUGAUUGGAGAUUUUAUGAUAUCAGAGAAGUUUCAAAAUUUGAUCUUCAGAUUUUUGUGUGAGAAAAAAGGAGAAAAAAAGGAUACAAAGGAUCUUUGAAAGUUAUGGAGGAAGAGCUAAAGAGCUUUGUUAAGGUAUGGUUUUUAGCCAUUACAUCUCUAUGCUACUCUUACUACAUUGCAGCAAAGAUUCCAAAAGGCUUUCUAAGGCUCCUCUCCCUCCUCCCUGUUAUCUCUCUCUUCCUUUUCCUCCCCAUGAAUCUUUCCUCUUAUAGUUAUAUCAUCGCAACAUCCAUCUUCCUUUCUUGGUAUGCCAACUUUAAGCUCCUUUUGCUCUCCUUUGAUCAUGGCCCUCUAUCCCCACCCCCGCCACAACUUCUUCAUUUCAUCUGUAUAGCUUCUCUCCCCAUUAAGAUAAAAAGGUAUCCAUCCCAAGAUAAACCACAAACUUCAUUUCUUGGAACAAUUAUAUUGGCCAUAAAAGUUGCAAUUACAAUUAUGCUUUUUGAGGCUUACAACUAUGGAAAACACUUGAAUACAAAUAUUGUUCUUGCCCUUUUUCACAUCCAAUUUCUCUUUGCAAUGGAGUGCCUAUAUGCAGUGUUUCAAAUCCCUCCAAAAUUCUUUUUUGGGUUUGAACUAGAGCCUCAAUUCAACGAGCCCUUACUUGCCAAUUCCUUGCAAGAUUUUUGGGGCCGGAGGUGGAAUCUCAUGAGCUCCGAUGUACUCCGUCACCUUAUAUAUAAUCCUUUACGUCGUAUUUCUAAGCGUAUUAUUGGAGAUAGGUGGAAAUCUCUACCAGCAAUUUUAGGCACAUUCUUCGUGUCUGGUUUAAUGCACGAAGUGCUUUACUAUCACCUAACUCACUUGCCUCCGACAUGGGAGGCGACUUGUUACUUUGUUAUGCAUGGGAUUUGUG